UAGCACAUUAAUCAUCUGUAAACUCUCUUGUGAGUUGCAGCAAAGACUUUCACAAUUGACUCAUGUUCUCAAACAAUGUCCAAGAAAUGCUGUCCUGUGUUUCUUGGUGGAAGCUCUGUACCUCACGGUGUUGGAACCAGCGUUUCUCAAAGGGCCUGCAACCAUUUAAGAUGUACGUCUUGCGAUUUCAGCAUGUUUGAGGAUCACGAGUGGGACUCCUGUGACUUGUGUUUAUUUUUCAGGAAUAACAUGCCAGACUAUCACAAACUAAAAGUCAAACUAAGAAGGAAAAGGGGUGGGCGUGCGUACGCUUGUCAAUGUAGCUGGCACUCGACCCUGAUACACUCAGACCUGAGGGAACAACAGCAGCUAAAGUGGGUUUGUGGCGAACACAAGUCUGUGACAGUUCUCCUCUGAAAUCUUAUCUGUGUCCACAAGCAAGUGUUGCAUGCUCUCUCCUCACAAAAGAGAAUGCUGGCCAUUUUCAAAUUUGCUUUGUGCAGUUUGUGGGGCUGGAUAACAAAAAGAAGUUUUGUGUUCUUCACUCAGUGUAGUUUUUGUGAGUCUCUUUUUUUGACGCCACAUUUUCCCUUACAAUGAUGAAGCACUUGUGGCU